UAAUUUCGAGUGUCGUCACAUUUGCCGCGACCCACAAAACCCUUAAAACAACCGCUCACCGUUUUCUCUCUCUAGGGUUUUGGUAUCUUCUCAGCAAAAUGGGCGGCCAAAAGAAUCAGAAAGCCGAAGCAGAAGCCAUGAACGCCAUUGAUUCCGGCGACACCAAGUUCCAGAAAAAGCGCAAGAGCAAGGACAAGAGGAAGCUCGAAGAAACGGAUGCUGAAUUCGCCACCGCCGCCACAGAGGGAAAUGAAGCAGCCGCGAACGGUUCAGCUGAGAUUUCCGCCAAAAGGUCGAAAAAGGACAAAUUGGAGGGGGGAGAAGAAGUUACCGCGAGUAACGGGUCGGUGAAACAAUCGAAGAAGAAGAAGAAGAAAGAGAAAGAGGAGGGAGAAGCAAAUGAGAUUGCGCCUGUUAAGGAGAACGCGGUGGAGGAGGUAAUCGGAAGCAGCGGCGUUGUUGUAUCGGGGAAGAAUGUGAACGAAUCGAAAUACAAGGCGUUGGAUUCGUUUGCAGAGUCCGGGCUCCCUAGUGAUGUGUUGGAAUGCUGCAAGACAUUCGAUAAACCGUCCCCAAUUCAAUCGCAUUCGUGGCCGUUUCUCCUCGAUGGCCGUGAUUUUAUCGGAAUUGCAGCCACUGGGUCUGGUAAGACACUUGCAUUUGGUAUUCCUGCUAUAAUGCACGUGUUGAGCAAGCGAAUGGGUAAAAACGUGAAGAGAGCGAAUCCGCUUUGCCUUGUUCUAUCGCCUACGAGGGAGCUAGCUCAACAAAUUUCAGAUGUUCUUUGUGAUUCUGGAAAGCCUUGCGGAGUCCGGUCAGUUUGUAUUUACGGAGGAGCUUCUAAAGGACCCCAAAUAUCUUCACUAAAGUCUGGUGUGGAGGUUGUUAUUGGGACCCCUGGUCGUUUGAAGGACUUAAUGGAAAUGGGAGUGUGCCUUCUAAAGGAGGUGUCUUUCGUGGUCCUAGACGAGGCUGAUCGGAUGCUUGACAUGGGAUUUGAACCUGAGGUUCGCUCAAUAUUAAGUCAAACAUGCUCUGUUCGCCAGAUGGUAAUGUUCAGUGCAACAUGGCCUCCAGCUGUGCAUCAAUUAGCUCAAGAAUUUAUGGAUCCCUCCCCAGUUAAGGUGGUCGUUGGUUCAGAAGAUUUAGCUGCUAACCAUGAUGUCAUGCAAAUAGUGGAGGUCUUGGAGGACCGAGCACGUGACGAACGGUUGCAGGUUUUGCUAGAGAAGUACCACAAGUCAAGAAAGAAUAGAGUAUUGGUUUUUGUUUUAUACAAGAAAGAAGCAUCCAGGGUGGAGAAUAUGCUUCAGAGAAGGGGCUGGAAAGCUGUCUCUAUAAGUGGUGAUAAAGCACAAACUGCCAGAAACCAGGCAUUGUCGCAGUUUAAGGACGGAUCGUGCCCUCUAUUGAUAGCAACUGAUGUUGCUGCUCGAGGAUUGGAUAUUCCUGAUGUUGAAGUUGUCAUAAAUUAUAGUUUCCCUCUCACAACAGAGGAUUACGUUCACAGAAUCGGUCGAACUGGUAGAGCUGGUAAGAAGGGAGUUGCUCACACUUUCUUUACCAAAGAAAACAAGGGACUUGCUGGUGAGUUGGUAAACGUUCUUAGGGAAGCUAAUCAGGUCGUACCUGAAUCAUUAACGAAAUUCGGGACUCACGUCAAGAAGAAAGAAUCCAAGUUAUACGGUGCACAUUUCAAAGAAAUUGAUGUUAAUGCUCCCAAAGCCACAAAAAUUAAGUUCGAUAAUUCUGACGACGAAGAUUGAUUUCAAGGGUUGUUUCAGGAAAGCAAUGCUUGAGCAAUUUAUUUACACCGAACAUUUACGAGUUAAGAUCUUUGCAGAUUUAGUAGUAAAACCGGGGCAAAGGACAAUGAUUAAUUGCAGGUAGCUUUUCUAUAAUAUAGAGGAAGAUCUAUGUUUUUUUUAAUUUAUUACAAGGGUGUCUUUCUGGCAGAAUUUAUAUUUAUUUGUGGCUGCUGUGAAAGAGAUUGUAAGCACAACUAUGAAUAUUGUUUAAAAUGUGGCCUUUUGUUUUUCUUUCUCGUUUUUGUUUUCCUCCACUGUAUUUGUUUUUAAACUAUGAAAUCAAGAUUUGAUUUAUGAUAUGUUCUUUGAAGUC